UUAAUCCCCGUUCCUGUUUCCUUCCCUCAAAUGAGCUGACGGUGCAGGAUUAGAUCGAGUUACAGAGUUACUUUUUGGGUUAGAAAUUGUUCGCUUUAUUCCACACAGUCUGCCCGGCCCUCUUGCCUUCCACUGACUCUCCCGUACCCACGUAUCCCCCGAGCAGCCGGCCCUCUCCCGUACCCACGUAUCCCCCGAGCAGCCGGCCCUCUCCCGUACCCACGUAUCCCCCGAGCAGCCGGCCCGCCAGCCAUUCUGUCACGUGAGGCGGGGAAGGAAACUUGAGAGCGCGGCCUGCUUGCUACAGGAGGCAAAAAUGGCAACAGCUGUCGAAUAUGAAACUCUGUACACCGGACAGAAGAUACCACUGAUUGGGUUAGGUACUUGGAAGAGUGCACCUGGCCAAGUAAAAGAUGCAGUGAAAUAUGCCCUUGGAGUUGGGUAUCGUCACAUUGAUUGUGCCUUUGUUUAUGGGAAUGAAACUGAAGUGGGAGAAGCCAUAAAAGAGAGUGUUGGAUCUGAUAAGGGUUUAUCAAGAGAAGAAGUAUUUGUUACCUCCAAGCUUUGGAAUAAUAAACAUCAUCCAGAUGAUGUGGAAUGUGCAUUAAGGAAAACGCUGCAAGAUCUUCAACUGGAUUAUCUGGACCUGUACCUUAUGCAUUGGCCAUAUGCUUUCAAGAGAGGAGAUCAGAUCUUUCCACAGAAUCCCGAUGGAUCGGUGCAGUACGACCUUACUGAUUACAAAGACACCUGGAAGGCCAUGGAGAAGCUGGUGAAGCAGGGAUUGACCAAGGCUAUUGGUCUAUCCAAUUUUAACAAAAGACAAAUAGAUGAUAUCAUCAGUAUUGCUACUGUUAAGCCAGCAGUGUUACAGGUUGAGUGCCAUCCAUACCUUGCACAGAAUGAGCUGAUCGCCUAUUGCCAUGCACAUGGGCUUGUAUUUACGGGCUACAGCCCAUUGGGAAGCCCAGAUCGGAGUUGGAGGAAACCAGAAGAUCCAGUUCUGUUAGAAGAGCCUGGUAUUAUUGCAAUGGCAAAAAAAUAUGGGAAAUCUGAAGCACAGAUUCUUCUCAGAUGGCAAGUUCAGCGCAAGGUUGUCAGUAUUCCUAAAAGUGUCACACCUACUCGUAUUCUUCAGAAUUUUCAGGUUUUUGACUUCUCUUUAAGUGAAGAAGAGAUGCAGCUAAUUGGAGCACUUAAUAAAAACUGGAGAUAUAUUAUCCCAUUGAUAACGGUGAAUGGAAAAUCUGUUCCAAGGGAUGCUGGACACCCCUUAUAUCCAUUUAACGAUCCAUACUAAAACUACUGAGGCAGCUCAGUUUCCAAGUAGCUGUUUGGGGCUUUCUUGGGAGUUGCAGUUCUUCAGCAUCCAGUGUGCUUCAUGUCAACCAUCACAGCUUUAUUCAAUGUGCAUUACAUUCAUUUUUCCUUGAAAUUAUAUAUAGUCUGCUUCAUGCUGUACCUGCUGUUUUCAAAUCUGUCGACUUAAAGAAUACUGCCUUUUUUGUCUAAUUUUAUGUGGCGCCAAAUAGAAACAUUUCAGGUCAUUACCGUCAGCAGUGAAAAUAAAUAGAUUGUUUUCCUU